AUGGCUAUAAACGACGAGCUUGUAUACGAAGUUAAUGAAAAGGGUGAGAAUGUUCUCGUUAAAUCGAUAAAUUCAGAUCACCAAGCGUAUCUUCGCUUCACAAAUCUAACAUCGCGUCCGGUGGACGUGUGGUGGCGUGAUUUUGCUGGGAAGAAACGAUUUUACGAGCGGAUGGAGCCGGGUGCGUUCUACGAUAUCAACUCGUACUUAACACACCCUUGGGAGUUCACUGACGCAUCGACCGGGGAGCACUACGUGAUCAACAACAAGUUCGUAUUCAGGGCACCGGAGCGCGCGGGCGACCUCCGGUACCGGACGAACUGGAACAUCACCGUGUCUGUGCGCUCCUUGAAGAGCACGGCUAUGUUGACACUGGCGUCGCUGCUGCCCAACCCAGAGGCAGCUUCUGAGCUGGACCUGCCUAACAUAUUGUCCCGAGAGCUGGCAGAGCUGGCUGCUAGCAUGCGCAGACAGCCUCCUGUAGAGGAGAACCCUGACAACACUUGGUGA